UCACCAAUCUUUCAUUCCUAGGUUCACCUUCUACCACUUCAUCUAAUUCACUCCAGAAUUUUUCUUUCUCCGCCAUCUCACAACCCACUUGUGGAGCAUAAUCACUGAUGACAUUUAUCAUCACAACUUCAACUUUCAUCUUCACUUUCAUCACCCUAUCAGAAACUCUCUUCACCUCCACUACACUCUUACUGUACUCUUCCUUCAGAAUCACCCCUACACCAUUUCUCUUUUCAUCUACACCAUGAUAGAACAGUUUAAACCCCUCCAUUGCUCCUCGUCUUACUUCCUUUGCAUUUGGUCUCCUGAACACAGAACAUAUCUACCUUUCUCCUCUCCAUUAUAUCAGCUCCCUCUUUCCCUUUACCCAUCAUAGUACCAACAUUUUAAGUACCAACCCUAACCUCCACUCUCCUCCACUUCUCAUUUUCCUGCCGUCUUUGUAAUUGUGUUCCUCCUCUCCUUCUCCUCCUUCGGCCAACAGUAGCCCAAUUUCCACAGGUACCCUGUUGGUUAACGAUACCUCUGGCGGUCAUUGGUAACCCGGGCCUCGACCGAUCCGUGCUACCCGAAAACAACCACAAACCGCACAGUCUCUUGCAUUUACAGAGAAAUCAAAAGAGUGACGUGAUGGCCAGCAAAAACAGGGAAAGUGGCAAAGACACUGAGCCAGGACCACCACCACCAAUGGCGACAACUGGAUCAUAUAAGGAUGAAGUAUAUUUUAUGACUGUUGCUCUCCUGUUUGCUAAAAAGAGCCCUGAUCCAAACACAAAGGUGGGUGCAUGCAUUGUAAAUCAGGAAGGGAAGAUUGUAGGAAUUGGCUACAACAAAAUGCCCAAUGGCUGUGAGAAUGCCGAUUUCCCCUGGAAACGUGGAAAGUAUGAUGACCCCACGACCAAACAUCAAUACGUGUGCCAUGCAGAGCUGAAUGCCAUCGUGAAUAAAACCUCAGUGGAUGUGAAGGGAUGCACCAUUUAUGUCACACUGUUUCCCUGUAAUCAGUGCGCCAGGAUCCUCAUCCAAUCAGGUGUAAGAAAUUUGGUUUAUUUGUCAAAUAAACGUAAAGACAGACCUGACACAAAUGUUUCUAAUAAACUGCUGGACACCGCAGGUGUUACAUGCAGGCAAUUCACUGCACAGGGUGAUGUCUGCGCCCUGCUGAAGUCCAUCGAUCCCAAUGCUGAGUGAAUAAGACCUGGACUGCAGUCAACUCUAUUAAAUAUACUGAGACAUCUUACAUUCAGUAAUAGGUUAAUAGAGUACCUGUAUCUUUAAUCAAAUUAACUUUUAAUUGUUAUCUUAAUCAAACUAAUUUCUUAAUUUAAACAUAAUUUAACAUUUGAUUUAAAUAUAUAUAUUUUUUGGUGAGGGGAAAAUUUUGAUUACUAUAUUAAUACAUAUAGUAUACUAUAUUAAUUACAAUGGUUUGUCCUGUCUUUCAAAUGACUUAUGAUUAAUUAAACAGCAUACACAGA